AUGAUGAAUCCGGCACAAGAUGGUUUAGCUCCACCAGGCGGAGCACCGUCUUAUCAACAACCACUUUACUUGCAGGAACCACAUACGCCAGUUACAUCUCAUAGUAGUGCGGGAGCUCCAGCUGGUAAUUAUAUAAUACAGCAACAACCUGGCGGUCAGCAGCGUCUUUUGAUGAUGCAACCAUCACAAGUAAUGAGUGGCCCACCAACACCAAGCACUCCCACACAGCCUGGGCCUGUAUAUGGAUCACCUCAACAGGCCUCACCUCCUGGAACAACUAGUGAUGACUCUGAUGACAGUGUUCCUUCACAGCAUUCUCAGUUGCCUGGUGAUGCGGAAAGCCUUCUGCCUAUCCAUUAUUGCUCAGCGAGCCGGCAGCAACAAACUACGCUUCAUCAGAUUGGUGUAAAUAAUAUGGGCGUUAAAAGGUCAUCUCCUGAACCAAUGGACAAUGGUAUUAACCGUGGACAAAUGCAGAAGAAACCAAAAGUGCAAAAAAAGAAGAAGAAACGGGACCCUAAUGAACCCCAAAAACCCGUGUCAGCAUAUGCCUUAUUUUUUCGAGACACUCAAGCUGCCAUUAAAGGACAAAAUCCAAAUGCGAGUUUUGGUGAAGUAUCUAAAAUUGUUGCAUCAAUGUGGGAUGGUCUGGAUUCUGAGCAUAAAAGUGUUUACAAACAGAAAACUGAAGUGGCCAAGAAAGAAUACUUGAAAGCGCUUGCAGCAUAUAGAGCUAGCCUAGUUUCAAAGGGAGGAGAACAAGAAAAUCAAGUGAUGUAUAAUCACUCUAACUCCAACUCUUCAUUUGGAAAUUACUACCAAGGGCAAACCUAUGGUAAUGGACAUUCACCUCAAGGUUAUGGGCCAAAUUCCACACCACAGGCAUUUUCUCCUCAAAAUUACACUGGUGGUCAAUCACAGCCUAAUUAUCCAGGCCAAGCGGGACCAGGGUAUCAACCCAACCCACAACAAUCUCCACAAAACUAUCAGGGCAAUAUGGGACAUCCCCCUCAAACAUACCACGGUGUAACAGCGCAAAGUCCUCAAGGAUAUCAAGUAAAUCCAGCUGCCUCUCCUCAGUCUUGUCAACCUAACAUGGCCCAAUCUCCUAGAAGCUAUCAACCUGCUCAGUCUCCAAGCAACUACCAGUCACCACCAGGCAUCUCACCUCCUGGAUACAGACAAGUUCAGUCACAGUCUCCACCAAUGGGCCCUUCUCACGCAGCAAUGCAGUACCAUCAUUCUCAACAGAUGCAACAAGCACAUCAAGUACAGCAAUAUCAACAACAACAGCAUCAUCCGCAACAAAAUCAGCAGCAACAACAGCAGCAGCAGCAGCAACACCAGCAGCAGCAACAACAACAGCAACCACAGCAGCAGCAACAACUCCAACAACAGAAUCAAAAUUCAAAAAAUGAACAACAUUCCCCGAAUAACAAUGGCAAUUCUGGAGUGCCUCCACAACAGUCUCCUGAGCAAAAUGAAAAUAGAAGUACACCGUCAUGCAUUCGCCAGGGUUGCACCAAUCCUGCAAUUGCUAACAGUGAAUGGGAAGAUGAAUACUGCUCCAACGAAUGUGUUGUCAGUCACUGCAGAGAUGUAUUCAGUUCAUGGGUGGCUUCUAAUACAAACAACCAAAUUCAAAACUUUUCGGCGGUGAAGUAA